GGUGUCAAAAAAGACAAAAAGAUCCAAUUUUGAAAGAUCCAAUCUUGAAAGAUCCAAACCCCACAUUUAUUUUUCAUGGCCCACGAUGGCGACGGCUGUUGUUAGCACUGCCAGCAAGAAACCCGCUAAAUGCUUGGAGGAGUGCAUAGUAGGUCCAUCCGAAAGCGAACGAGCUUCUGGAGCUCCCAGCUGGGGAUCUUCUGCUGACGCUGACGCUGACGACGACAGAGGAAAGAAGCGACAGCGAACAGAAAAUGGGAGCAAUCUCAAAGAUGACGAUAACGAUGACACAAGCAGUACCUUCCAACACGCUCUUGACACGUUUCAUUCAUCUGGCUGUUGUGUGAUUCCCAAUGUCUUGCCACCGGCAUUUGUACGGGACUGUCGUACCAAAGCCACGGCCGAUUUAGAGUUGCUGGAACAAGAACUGAACGCUCGACGGCAAGAAUUACAACAUGUAGACACCGACACCACCAACAACAGUCAUGCCAUUGCCGCCGCCUACCGUGUCGAUUAUCGAGAAAUGGUGGACCGUGAUGGACAUCGUCGAGAUGUCCGCUACGAAUUGGAUCGGUAUCCCUACAUUGCGCCAGGAUUAAUCUACAAUUCCAUCGUCUUUCCACUCAUUCAAGCCUUACUCCAUGGAACUGCUUCGACUACUAGUUCCUCCUCCUCCUCCAAGGCCAUUAAUCUACUCUAUGCCGGUGUCAUGUGGGCACGCAAACCACCACCACAAACUUCUACGAAUAAUGACAAUGACAAUCAUCACCAACCACAAAAAUGGCACUCGGACGGUGGACACUUGUACGAACACAUUCAUUUGCCUCCCCAUUGCAUCAAUGUCUUUUUCCCACUCAUCCACGUCAAAAGUGACCAAGAUGGUCCCACACAAGUCCAACCGGGAUCUCACGUACUCGGAGGAAAUUUUGAAAACAGUAAUCCAUUAUCAAUAUUUGGAUUGCACGCACACGCGGGGGAUGCCAUUCUCUUUGAUUAUCGACUCCAACAUCGAGGGGCACUUGCGUUGACGCAGCAUCGACCCAUUCUCUAUUUGGCAUAUGCCAAACCGUGGUUUGUGGAUGCCGGCAAUACGCGGUCGGGGAGCAGUAUCUUUCGGUGCAAACAACAACAACGACAAGGAAAACCGUGGGUGUCCCGGUUAUUGACGGGAAUCGCCAUGCCCAUGGGAGUGGGGUUUGAAAACUACGGCAACAGCAACAUUGCCGACAACAACGACAACAACACGGAAAGCAACGAUACAACGGAAGCGCACACGGCAGGAUCUGGCGAGCGCUGGGUACUCUUCAAAAUGAACGUUCAGUUGGACGACAACGAUGCCGAGGAACCCACCAUAGUGUUUUACGCGGGCGAUGUGCCCCUAGAAGUGGCGACACAGUUUUGUUUAAAGCAUCAGCUGGCACACGACUUUAUCCUCAUCUUGACCGAUACCAUUCAACAACAAAUGGUACAAGCACAGAAAGCAUUGGCAGAAGCCACAACUGGAAACAACAAUCCACCAUCGUGACAACUAAGUGAGGACCACUAGCUAGGUGGUAUUUGCCCAGGUGUUGGCAUUGGACAGAGACGUCUUGAGCAGGAUCAUUCAGUAACUAAGUAGCUAGCUACCGCGUCCACGUUGUUCGAUUCUCUGCAUCAGCGAAAACAGUGGUGGAUACCAAUUCUAACAUACCGGUAGCAAACUUGUUUCGUCUCUGACGAAGGUUCACGGUACUCAAAUAGCUAGCUAAAUAGGAAAGCAACAAGACACCCUUUCAUCUCUCCUGGUUACCUAUGGGCAAGGACCACAAUCGCAUCCGCAUAGGGAAGUUCCAUGACACGCAGUUGUGCUGGUUUUCACUGGUAACUGUUUGCAGCCAGGGCCUCCAAGGCAAUUCCAGGUCUUUUGGUACAUUUUGUCACACAACACUGCAGGGAUACUUCCAGACAGAGAUGUGUUUUUGAGUACCAAGCUUGUCAAGUUCCCCAGAGCAAGUACCUCUGCCGGCAAUGUGCCCAAUAAGUUGGUAUUGUGUAAUUCCAGAGUCUCCAAGCUGGACAGCAGACCAACUUCUGUUGGAAUGGAACCCGAGAAGAUGUUGUCACUGAAGGAUAGAAACCUAAGGUUUGUAAGCUGGGAAAAAAGGCUAGGUGGCAAUUUUCCCUUCAACUUGUUGGAACCAAGAUGUAAAUAUAUCAGAUCUGAGAGGAAGACGAAGACAACAAUGUUGGAAACAGAUGGUGUCAGUGAAGAACGGCAUGUGGUGGCACAGAACAUAUACUCUACUUACUUGUCAACUUUAACAAUCGCUGUGGCAGAGUUCCGGAGAUUGAGUUGCCAUCCAAUUCCAGCAUGGCCUGUCAAUUUGGUUAGAAUGCAAAUUCAGCGCAGCAAAACACGCUCUUUGAAACAUAUUUUUUGUGUGCACAGAACUCUUGCUUACCAAAUUUUCCAACUUUCCAACCUCCCCCGGUAUGGUCCCAUGAAUAUUCCAGUUGAUUAAAUGUAGGUAACGUAGUUGUGUCAGUGUGCCUAUUUCAGCUUUUGACAGAGAAUGCAC